GCCUCAAGGUCAGCAGCAUCACUCACGAACUGACUAAAUUUCCCAUCCACAUCAUUCUGUUCGACGCAUCCAACGCAGCCAAGCAACCAACUCCAGCUUGACUUUCUCCUUUUCCCUUUCCAUCUCAUCGGUCUCAAAGAUGCGCCUCUCGACGUUCUCGUUGGCUACCGCGGCGGCCCUCGCUGCGGUCUCUGUCCAAUCCAUCCAAGCGGCACCGUGCCAUGGAAGUGCGACCGAAUCGACGACGCGGCACCUCAUCUCGAGCUCUUAUCAAGCUGAUGUGUUCGAGACGCCAAUGCUGGAGCUGCCCAGUGCUCCUGCGGCCAUGCGCUUGCUUGCCGGCGCCAUUCGAAGGGUCCCGUUCCUGGCAGAGCUGACCGAGCCUCGUCUCGUGCAGACUGCGCACGAUCAGCAUCCCUACUGGACCACCGAGCUGGGCAAGAUGUAUCUUCGUUGGUCCAGACAAAACUUCUUCGACCUGACAGCCACGCUAGGAAGCGGCAUCGAGCCUAUUCGAUUCCCUACGACUGCCUCGAGCUUGGUCCAGAGCUCCUCUUUUCCCAACACGACGUAUCACGAGAAGCACCUCCAGGGCGUGUUUGCGGAAAUUUCGGAUGCUGGACCAAAGGAGAACCUCAAGGGCUUCACCAGCUUUAGAAACAGGUACUACCGCAGCGAGACUGGCAAGCAGAGCCAGCAGUGGCUCUUGAAGCUCAUCCAGGGUGUCGUCGCCGAUGUCCCAUACAUCAGCGUCAGAGAGCACAAGCACUCCUGGGGACAGAACAGUAUCCUUCUCCACAUUUCCGGCGCAAAAUCCUCCUCGGCGGAGCAGGGUCGUAUUGCCGCCGUGGCUGGAGCGCACCUCGACAGCACCCAUCAGAUCCCCUUCUUGCCUGCCCCUGGGGCAGAUGACGAUGGAAGUGGGACUGUAACGCUGAUCGAGGCUUUGCGUGCGCUCUUGUCCAAGGGAUGGAGACCCGUCAAGGACAUCGAGUUUCACUGGUACAGCGCCGAGGAGGGAGGUCUCUUGGGUAGUCAAGAGGUCGCUCAAGCGUACGCUGCCAAGGGUGUGCGUCCCAGCGCAAUGCUGCAGCAAGACAUGACCGCAUUUGUCAAGCCAGGCACAGAAGCCCGCGUCGGAAUCGUUUCUGACUUUGUCAGCACGCCUUUGACGGACUUUGUCAGGCUAUUGGUCAACACCUACCUGGAGAUCCCGCCCGUCGAGACCAAGCUGGGCUACGCUGGAUCCGAUCAUGCUAGCUGGACCAAAGUCGGAGUGCCUAGCGCAUUCGCCAUCGAAGCCACCUUUGAAGAUAGCAACCUACAACGCAUUCACACUACGGGUGAUACCAUCGACGCUCCUGGCUUCUCUUUCGAUCAUCUGGUGCAAUUUGUCCGCCUCACUUCUGCCUUUGUGGUCGAGCUCGGAGGUUGGGCAGAGAAGUAGGUUAUGAGUAUAUGAGUCUGCUUGCACAAGGAGGUAAGCUUUCAUCGCAGGACAGCUUGCCACGCGUGAAGAAAUCAAGCCCUUGCUAGCCUUUACAUUGCACACUCUGCGCGCAAAGCAACGAACAGCACACUAAAUUGAAUGUGAGGCUUACAAACAGCAUGAUGUAGCAUUUCAAGC